GUGCGGUCGGAAUCGGAGUGCGGUAUUUUAGAACGGCGUGCGUCGAGCAUAUGUAAUUGCUUAUCAGAGGGAGCUGUCCGAAAUCGGUAUGUUUUCAUCGCUCGAGUGAUACUUGAUUCCCUGCCGUUACCCAUCCAAACCCCCCUCGAACCGCCGGUUUACGUAAGUCCAUUCAAUUGUAUUCGCUUGGAACACAUUUUAGCCGAGAGCACAUCAAUCAAGCAAUAAUAAACCUAAAAUGCGGCUACUGGCGAGACACGCGAUUCAGACACUGCUGCGGCAGGAGAACAGGGAGCUCUUGGGGGGCGGAGCAGGUGUCCGGCAGAAGGCCACAACCGGUUACCUGAAGCUGGCACAGGCUGCGGCACUGGAGCCACUGGAGAAACCGAUCCAACAGGUGGAUCAGCAAAAAAAUUCCCCGUUGACGGACACCUUUGGCAGGCACCACACCUACCUGAGGAUUUCCCUCACCGAACGCUGUAAUCUGAGAUGUGAUUACUGCAUGCCCGCUGAGGGAGUUCCCCUGCAACCCAAGGCAAAUCUCCUGACCACCGAGGAAGUCCUUCGCCUGGCUCGGAUUUUCGUGGAACAAGGAGUACGCAAGAUUCGUCUGACCGGAGGCGAACCCACUGUCCGGCGUGACAUAGUGGAGAUAGUGGCACAAAUGAAGGCUCUGCCCCACCUGGAACAUGUUGGCAUCACCACCAAUGGCCUGGUUCUAACCCGGCUGCUGUUACCGCUUCAAAGAGCAGGAUUGGACUCCUUGAACAUCAGCCUGGACACCCUGAAGAAGGAUCGCUUCGAGAAGAUCACCCGCCGAAAAGGAUGGGAGCGAGUUAUAGCUGGCAUCGAUUUGGCGGUUCAGUUGGGCUACACGCCCAAAGUAAACUGCGUCCUAAUGCGGGAUUUCAAUGAGGACGAGAUCUGCGAUUUUGUAGAGUUCACCAAGGAUCGUCCGGUGGAUGUGCGGUUCAUAGAGUACAUGCCCUUCUCCGGAAACAAGUGGCACACGGAGAGACUGAUUUCCUACAAGGACACGGUCAACGCAAUCCGUAAAAGAUGGCCAGAAUUUGCAGCUCUGCCCAAUGGACCCAAUGAUACCUCCAAAGCCUAUGCCGUACCUGGCUUCAAGGGUCAAGUGGGCUUCAUAACCUCCAUGACGGAACACUUUUGUGGAACCUGCAACAGAUUACGGCUCACAGCCGAUGGAAACAUCAAGGUUUGCCUGUUCGGGAAUAAGGAGUUUUCCUUGAGGGACGCCAUGCGAAGGAAGGACGUCACAGAGGACCAGCUGGUGGAUUUCAUUGCGGCGGCAGUUCAACGCAAAAAGAAGCAGCACGCAGGCAUGCUCAACCUGUCGCAGAUGGAGAACCGGCCCAUGAUCCUCAUUGGCGGCUAGUAGACACACCACACUCUCCAUCCUCUCUCCCAUU